CAGAGUGCCGCAGCGAACCCAGGCGCUUCGCGUUUCGGUUCAGUGGUAGAUGAGCAAAGCAGACCUGCUUGAUAGGUACACUAAUUAGUUGGAUUGACAUUAUUCGUUGCUGAGCAACUCGUGAGCAAGUUUGUGUUGUGACUGUUGGUGAUAAAAAUAGUGCAGUGAUGAGGCCCCCUACGGACUAUGAAGGAGGAGCGAGGGUGCCCGCUGAGGCGGAGGAGAUGGAUCCGCGGGCGCCGGCGAUGAUGAUCUGCGCCAAGCUAGCGGGCCACGCCGUCAUCAGGGUGGUCGGACGAUGCGAGGAUGCUCAAGAAAAUAGUCAACUUGAUUUGUCAGAAUGUCAGCUGAUGCAAGUACCUGACGCAGUGUACCACCUCAUGCGACACACAGAGCUCAAAAGCUGUGAUCUCAGUGGAAAUGUUAUUACUAAGAUACCUCCUAAGUUUGCAAUUAAAUUUAGCUUAAUUACAGAUCUAAACCUGGCGAACAAUCAAAUGGCCAAAUUACCAGAUGAGCUGUGCACUUUAGCGUGCUUGCAGCGGCUCGACAUCUCCCACAACACAUUUGUGGCACUUCCGCACAUCGCAUGCCAGUGCCCAAGUCUGCACACACUCCUGGCCCAUCACAAUCAAAUCAUUGAGGUUGAUGUAGACCGGUUAGCAACAUCUCGAGCUCUUGAAUAUGUGGAUCUCAGUGACAAUCCAAUCCCUCCACGAAUGCACACAGAACUUAAACAACUUUCACGACCAUCAGUCUCAGUCUCAGAAAGAGAGAAAGAAGAUUGGGAAGAAGAUCUCUGUUUAUAAAUAGUAUGAGUUCUCCAUUUACUUAUGCAUUCAGGGCUGAGCUGUGAGGGAACUGAUAUGUUCAUUGUUUGGAAACAAUGAAAAACUGGUGAUACUCCAUAAGGCCCUAAAAAAGCUGUGAUCUGUCUCUAAAUAAGAGGACAAUAAUAAUAUUAAUAUUUAGUGAUUGUGAUCUUCAAAAUCGUAAGAGCCAGCAAUAUGUAGGUUAUUUUAAUACUCUUUAAGAUACUUUUUGUACUUAAUUAGCCUAAGUGAACUGAAUAAAAGUGGUACUGGUCUAUAUCAUUGUAUUAUGUGAAUAUAAGAAAUAGGGCAAUUUUAACUUGCGCAGAGAAAAACUGUAAUAGCAUCCACUGUAAUCAAAAUAUUAUCACCUUAGUUAUGGACCAAAGUCUAGUUCUCUAAAGUUUCGCUUCCUUCCAUAGGCUGACUAUAAGUACCUUUAAUACUUCUGUUAUUUACAAACCUUAAAUAUUAUAUUGAAAUGAAGGAACACAAAGUUACUAUAGUUCCUUUGAAAUGUCAGCCUUUCUUCACUAGUUUUUAAGCACAGAAUGUAAUAAUUUUUUAUACUUCAACUUUUUUUUCUAUACCAUAAAUAUAUGGUGAUUAAAUUCAUCUUAGAAUCAGGAAUGCUGGGAUAUAAUCUCUGCACUGACAUAGUAAAAGAUCAUAUAUCAG